AUUGUUUUUGUCCCGAUAGCGUCGCAGUUAGAACAAAGCAAAAUGAUUGAGUCUCGUAGGACAAGAGGACGGAAAAGGAAGGCGGAUCAUUUGUCUGAAGCUUCAUCAGUGCCGAUGGUGUCGGUGUUGGACAUGCCAGCAGUUACGGUGUCGGACGCGCCAGUGAGGUCCGAAGUUGUACCAGUGCCAGUGGUGACGGCGCAGAAUGUGGAUUCGGGGUCAUCUAGGUCAGCGUUGGGGACAGUGUCUGCUGAAAAUGCGGUUUCGGGGUCAUCAAGGUCAGCAUUUAGGACAUUGUCUGCUGAAGCUGCAGUUUCGGGGUCACCAAGGUCAGUGUCUGCUGAAGAUGCGGUUUCGGGGUCAUCAAGGUCAGCGCUUGGGACAGUGCCUGCUGAAGAUCCACAAUGGAAUCAAAUUUCCGAGACAGAUUUAGAUGCCGUUCCCUCGGAUAUGGACCUAGUUAAAAUUGCACAGGCAAUAGGACUUAAUUGGGAGUUACUUGGACUUCACCUUGGACUUUCUCAAGCAAUGAUUGACCAUAUAAAAAUGGACAAUGAUACUUCGCAAAAACGUAUAUAUCAAAUGUUAUACAACUGGCGAGAAGAUCAAGGACAAAAUGGCACUAAACAAAACCUUUUUACAGCCUUUGGAAGUCAGCCGUCAACGAGUAUUGACUGGAAAACACUUGGGCUAUCUUUCCCUGAUGCUCUAAAAUACAAGCCAAGAGAAGAAAGUAAGUACAUAUUAUCAAGAAUGACAUCAAUGCAGAGUUGUAAAAGACUCCUUUUAUUAACUUCUACUUAAAAUAUUUAAAACAACAUCUGUCUUUAUUGCAAGACAUUGAAGCCAUUGAAUUACACAGGUGUAACGUAAUGUUAU